GGUGGCGAGGGGCCGGCCGGCGGGGAAGUGGUGGCGGCUCCGCCCGCGCUGCUCUCGCUGGCCCCGCAGCUGCAGCGCCAGUUCCAGGCCAAGGUGCAGCGCGUCCGCGCCGCCAAGCACGAGAGGCUGACCCCGGGCGUGGUGUAUUUGGGGCACAUCCCGAGGGGUCUCUACGAGCCGCAGCUGCGCGAGUACUUCAGCCAGUUCGGGACCGUCACCAGGCUGCGCUUGGCCAGGAGCAAAAAGACUGGAAGCUGUAAAGGCUACGCAUUUGUAGAGUUUGAGUCCGAUGACGUUGCUAAGAUUGUGGCAGAUACCAUGAACAACUACCUCUUCUGUGAAAGGCUUCUGAAGUGUCAGUUCAUGCCACCUGAAAAAGUCCACGAAAACCUUUUCAAAGGCAGUGAGACUAAUUUUAGGAAGCCAUCGCGUCCAGCAGUCAAGCGGUAUAACAAGCAGCGAUCGCUCAAAGACAAGAAAAAGAUGACAGAGAGGCUGCUUAGAAAGGAAAGAAUGUUACGCAAGCGUCUGGCCGAGAAAGGCAUAGAUUACGACUUUCCUGGAUUUGCUGCAGGAAUACCUCGGCAGAAAAGGAAGAAAGUUUCAAAAUCAGAGUCAAACUUGAACGUUUCCGUGAACAGCCAGGAUCCCACCCCGGUCUGCACCCCCACAGUCCUCAGUCGUCGGAAAUCUCAGUCCCAAGAAAGUGACUUGGAUGACAGUGAAAUAACCAUCAAGCUGCCCCCACCCAGCGUGACUGCCAGGCUGAAGAGGACACCAGCAAAGAGAAAAGGGAACCUGAAGAAACGGAAAUAAACAUGACCCUCCCCUAGAGAGACUGCUGUUUCUGUCGGCAGUGAGCCAGCUUCCCACCGGGAUGGAGCAGUCCUCUCAUUCAUGAGUCCCACUGGUUUAGCCAAAGCUUCAGGCUCUUUGCAAGUGGAACCCAGACCUUGUGCCUUAACCACUCGUUAGCACAAGCAUUUCUGAAAGGAACUUCAACUUCCUGCUGUUCAACAUACUUUAAGAACUAGCAUCAGCCUACGGGCGGCUCAACAAGCAAGUAGAAGCAAUGUACUGGUUGUCUUCCUGAAGUGUGUAGUUUUGUCAUUAUAUGUAAAAGAAUACGUCAAAAUCUGUGAUUUA